UCUUAUCUUCACUGCCUCUUUCUCCUCACCAUUCUCCCCUUUUUUUCUUAUUUGAAUUUAUGAGAUUCAAUGUCUUCUUCUUCUACAUCUUCUUGUGAAAAAAGUUGUGAUUUUGGGAAUGGUGGAGGUGGUGGUAAUGGAAGUGAGGGUGACACCCCUCAUGUUCUUGCUGUGGAUGAUAGUGUUAUUGAGAGGAAACUUAUUGAGAGGUUGCUCAAGAGCUCUGAGUACAAAGUGACUACUGCUGAGAAUGGUUUAAGGGCUUUGGAGUACUUAGGAUUAUUGGAAGAUGCAAAAGAGAACAACUUAAAAAACAAUGACUUGAAGGUAAAUUUAGUGAUCACAGACUACUGCAUGCCGGGAAUGACCGGGUACGAAUUACUCAAGAAGAUCAAGGAAUCUUCAAAUUUCAAAGAAAUUCCAGUUGUGAUCAUGUCUUCAGAGAAAAACCCGACCCGGGUCGAAAAGUGCUUAGAAGAAGGAGCUCUAGAAUUCAUGUUCAAACCGAUUCAGCUAUCGGAUGUGAAGAGAUUGAGAUGCCAUAUGAUGAAAUUAGACGAGCAAUGUAGCGGCGGCGGGGUUUGUGUUGGAUGAUCAAGAAGAACAAAUGGUAAAAAAAAAGAAGAAAAAAAAAAUUCGAAUUAUGAUUAUUAAGAAAAUGUCAAUUGUUGCUUCUUUCUUGAUCUUUCUUGAUCUUUCUUUUGUUGCAGUUAAGUGAAAAAUAAUUUACUGGUCUUUCAUGAACCUUUUUUUUAAUUGAUUUAAAUGUUUUGUUUGGAUCAUUUACUAAUAAGUGAGUUAUUUCUAAUUGUUUUUAAGGUGAUUUGUGACUUAUGUUUAAUUCAUGAAUUAUUC